AUUCUGCUGAUUUUUAUGGCAGUUUUGCAGAGGUAAACAAUCACACGCUGGUAUGUUGUUAAAUACGGACAUUACGGGUAGCUAUCUAUGUUCUUAAAUUACAAUGCAAGCUAUUGAAAAUAAGCAUCGAGAUUAUGCAGGAAAGGAUAAAGGGAGUCCAGACAAGGAGGAUCGGAAAGAAGUUCGAAAAGGCCGUAAGCCUGGAAGAAAGUCGUCGAAGAUCGACAUGAAGGCCAAACUUGAACGUAGUCGUCAGAGUGCACGAGAAUGCCGGGCUCGAAAAAAGAUUCGGUAUCAGUAUUUGGAUGAGUUGGUGGCUGAUCGAGAGAAGGCGGUGCUGCAGCUGAGAAAGGAGUUAGAAAUGUACACUCAGUGGGCCCGUGCUCUUGAUGAAGGCCAUAUACCAGAAGCAGCAUUGAAGAUGGUAGAAGAAGAGAAGAGGAAGGAGAGAGAGAAACUGUUAGACAGGGACAUAAACCGUCAAUAAUUAUGCUGUGUUUUUUUAAUUGGACUAAAUUGUGCAAUAGUUACCAUUUUAUUUUUGUUUACUGGUCUGCAUUUGCAUAUUUCAUUAUUAUGUAUUUCAGUAUCAGAAAAUUUAUUAAAAUCAUAAAUGUGAAAGAAUCUCAUCGUGUGCUUGUGCAAAAUGAACUGCUUUUGUAGAAUGAACAGCAGUUUGUUUUAGGAUAUUUUAUUUUGACUUCUUACAGAAGAUUGUGAAAAUAGAAUGCAUUAGAAUUUAGAAUAAUGUGGUUUAUAUUUUUAGUAACUUUAGUUGACCAAAAAAAAAUUAUCAAAAGUUUUUUAUUGUUGAAUGCUUGACAGAGGAACGUCUAGCAAAAUUACUUUCAAAAACUGACAUACAAAUAACUCAUAUUUCAUGUAAUCUGUUAUAACAUAGAUAAAUAUUACUUAUCUUGCACUGUUAUUUAUAUAUGUGAUAUUAUUACUUUGUUUUUUAAUUGAAAUAUAUAAUUACUGAGUAUAAAAAAUAUAAGGUUUUAUUUGGUGCAAAUUUUAAAAAUGUUGUUAUUGGGUAUAAUUACCUGAAAGUAAAUUUUGUAGUUGG